CUACUAACUGAAGGAAUUUUGAAACGAAACAUGGGAAAUAGGUGGUGGUAGUAAACACUAAACACCCGAGUGUGGAAGUAGUUGUGAGUGGUGAUUAUGAAUUAGUUAUUAAAAUAAAUAAAAAUGGGUUGUGCUAUAAGUUCUUCGGGAGAGAAAGAGGCUGUUGAGCGUUCAAAGAAAAUCGACAAAGAUCUACGUGCUGAUGGAGAAAGAGCAGCUAGAGAAGUGAAGCUUCUGUUAUUAGGUGCUGGAGAAUCAGGGAAAAGUACGAUUGUAAAACAGAUGAAAAUAAUACAUGAAACUGGUUACUCCAAAGAGGAAUGUGAGCAGUACCGGCCUGUCGUCUAUAGUAACACUAUACAGAGCCUUAUGGCAAUAAUCAGAGCAAUGGGUCAGCUCAGAAUCGACUUUGCAGAUCCCAGCAAAGCGGAUGCAGCCAGGCAAUUCUUCACGUUGGCUAGUGCAGCUGAAGAAGGCGAGCUUACUCCAGAACUGGUACUAUUGAUGAAGAAGUUAUGGCAGGAUCCAGGAGUGGAGCUAUGUUUCUCACGUUCCCGGGAGUAUCAGCUCAAUGAUUCUGCUGCCUAUUACCUCAAUGCUCUAGAUAGAAUUGCACAAUCAAACUAUAUACCCACACAGCAGGAUGUGUUGCGCACCCGAGUCAAGACAACUGGCAUCAUCGAGACACACUUCACCUUCAAAGGGUUAAAUUUCAAAAUGUUUGAUGUUGGAGGUCAACGAUCAGAGCGGAAAAAGUGGAUACACUGCUUUGAAGGUGUCACUGCUAUAAUAUUUUGUGUGGCCUUAUCAGGGUAUGACUUGGUAUUGGCUGAAGACGAAGAAAUGAACAGAAUGAUUGAAUCUAUGAAGUUAUUUGAUUCUAUUUGUAAUAGUAAAUGGUUUGUCGAGACAUCAAUUAUUUUGUUUCUCAACAAAAAGGACCUGUUUGAAGAAAAGAUCACAAAGAGUCCUUUGACUAUCUGUUUCCCAGAGUAUACAGGUUCCAACACGUAUGAGGAAGCAGCUGCUUAUAUACAAAUGAAGUUUGAGAAUCUCAAUAAAAGAAAAGACCAGAAAGAAAUUUACACCCACUUCACAUGUGCAACUGACACAAACAACAUUCAGUUUGUGUUUGAUGCAGUCACCGAUGUCAUCAUCAAAAACAAUCUCAAGGACUGUGGUCUUUUCUAGCAUCGGAUCUCACAACUGGCUCAUCAAAAUACUUGUAUAAUACCGUACACAGUAGAUUAUUAAGGGAACAUUUAUCUCAGGCUGUUAAAAUUCAUCUGUUGAAGGUACAGAAAAACCUUUACCUGAUUUGUAAGAAAGUGAUUGUCAAUAAUAUUUGCUGAUUUUUAAUGUUAAUUUGAUGACAUUUUAGGGCUAAUAUGUUUGUACAGGUGUACUAUAAAAUAUUAAUAUUAGAUUUUAUUUUUUAUAUGAAACAGUAUACGUAAUUUAAUCAAAUCCAGAAAAUGAUAUUCACUUGUUUGUGUUUAUUUGGCCAUUUACUUCUUUUAAAUGAAAGACCUGUAAUUUUAGGAAAAAUAUAUGUGUUUUAUUAAGUUUAAAUCUUUUACUAUUGAAGUUGGAGGUAAUAUACUUUUUUUCUUUUUUACAUUGCUAGUCAAUUUUAAAAAUUAAAAGAGAGAAGAAAACAAGUUUAAGUCUAUUUAUGAAAAGUUAGUUUAGUUUAUGAAAAUAAACUAUGAUGUUUAACCCAGGAGAUGGCCCUACUAAAUUUUUCUUUAAGUGCCUUUUUUCUAUUUUACAUACAUUCCAGUGUAUACAAGGACUUGAUAUAAGUCUUACUAUAGUGAAUUUAUUUACAUUAUAACAGAGAUGUGUUACAUCACGGUUGUAAAGCAAUGUAUAGACUAGAGGGUGGCACAGAGAAGGGAUACAAAUGACAGGGGAAUCACUGUCGUGUCAACGUCCCUGAAGGUUCAAUGCAACAGGUUGCUGAAACUACAAACUUGUCACCAAAAUUAUUAUUGACUUUGGUGGCAAUUAUACUUUAUCAUACUACUUCCUAGAACUCUUGUCUGAUCAUGCUACUCCUGCCAACUGACAGAUAGCAAUUACAGCUCCUCAUUGAUCAUCUACUCCCGAUUACCGACUUGAAUAGCAAUUAGAGCUUGUGGCUAAUUACGCUACUCCCGGAUUCCGACUUAAGUAGAAAAAAACAGUUCCUGACUGAUUAUGUGGCACCUGAUUACUGGCUGAAGUAACAAUUAGAGCUUGUGGCUGGUCAUGCUAUUCCCGACUUCUGACUUAGACAGUAAAUAAAGCUCCUGGCUUGCCAUGGUACAUCCAGGUACUAUGCUCACCAUUUAUGUUUUACCAUGAAAGCUCAACGUACUUUUUUAUUUUAAUUUAAAAAAUGCUACUAAUUUUGUAAUUAAUUCCUCUGUGAAACUUCAGGUUGAUUGUUUCUCCUAAAACUUUGAAUUUUGAUGUUUUUAGAUGAACACAGUAUAACAUUGUUCAUUAAUAUUUUCUAAUAGUUUUGCACACAGUUUUCAAAUAGAAAUUAAAGUCAGGUAGAUAUUUUUAAAUUCACUUUUCUCCUAGUUGUAAUUUAUGCUUUGUUUUUCACAAGAUUAUGUUAUCUAAAAUCAAUACCUUUAACUAAUGUACUUAGUAGAAAAUCUUGAGUAGAUAUAUCCUAGUGUUAUAGGUCAAAAUAAGUAUCAGCAUUAACUAUGUUAUUCUUAAUUUGAUUUUAGUUUUUGCUUCAAACACUUAAAAACAACUUUGUUGAAGUUCUUAACAUUCAGUAGCUGUGAGGGUCAUGUUGACAUUAGAUCUUGUGGUACAUCUGUUUUUUGUUUUUUAAUAAUUGGAGGGAGAGAGUGACAGUAUGUUUAUAGUGAGUUAUGAAGUAGUUCCAAUUGUGUUGGCGUGUAAAUCAUGCUGCCGUUUGUCUAGACACAAUAUUUUGUCAACACAAGUGUAGCUAUUAAAAAUUUAUACCAAAUGUAAAAUCUGUGCUCACAAAUUACUUAUUAUAUAACUCACUUCUUCUCAAAAAACGUGAAGACAAAUCGGAAGUGAACUUCCAGCAAUACAUAAAUGGAAUACUGGAAGGAUGGCAAAUAAAAUAAUUACAACAAAAGGUGAUAUUUCAACAUUGAAAUAGCUGUCUCAGGCCAGUUUUCCUUUCUCCCACCUGCUCUGAGAAAGCCAUUCAUUAAUAAUGGGGCUUUAUCAAUGAAUAUUGUACUUAUGUUUAUCCUUUUUCCAUUGCAUCAUUUAAGUCUAUUACCAGUCUUACUAGCAUUACCUUUUCCCUUUCUGCCCUUUGUUGAAAAAAAUUCUCAUAUUGUAGAGCAUUAGCUAUCAAAGUCGCAAUUGUCCCUUAUCACACUUAAUAAAAGUUGUGGAAACCAUAACUACAAUACGACUUAAUGGGACAGAUGUAGGUCUGAUAAGAAGGAGUUACAAUGAUGUUAGCUCUAAUUUAAUAUUUUCCAUGUGAUAUUCUUGAGCCUGCUACAUGCAUUAAGGUAUUUUUAAUAUAUCUAAAGAAAAACUUGUAUUUCUCACUGAAGAAGGCUCACAUUAAUGAAUACCAUAGAGUUAUGUCAUUAGUAAAAUGGGUUGCACAAAAAUUAAUUUCUAAGUACAGAUAACUUCAUAAUGUAGCUUACUGAAUUUUUUAUCACAAAUAUUUGAUUUAUAUGAGCCAAGAUCUUAAAAUGACAUUAGUAAAUAGUUUAUAUUAAAUGUAUAUUUUUAUACAACUGCCUUUUAUGUAAAAUAAGAUUUUUAAAAUUUUUAUUAAUACAUAUUGUAUACAAAUUAUAAUUUUCAAUAGUUUAAUUAAUUUAAUAAUUACAUUGUUGAAUAGUAUGGUGCUUCAAGUGAAUUAUGGCCUCUAAUAUUGUUUAGAUUGUAAAUACAAUUCCACCUUAUGUCCAAAAUGUUUAUUGUUCAAAAAAAGGUUUUUGAAUUUCAUACAAGUUAAACAUAGAAAUUAGGAAAUAAAGCGUUGAAAUGUAUUUUUGCACAAAUUAGUAAUAUUAAGCUAUUCUACAAACUUCAUGUUAAUGUUUUCUAGUUUAUAAAAAAUCUUAAUAAGUAAAACAUAAAUAAAUGAUUAAAUUUUGUAAUACAUUUUAUGAUACAAUGUAUUCUUUACCUAUUAUGAUGUGCUGAAUAGUAGUGGUACAUUUUAUACUAAGUAAAUAUUAAAUAUAUUUAUCACUAAUCCAGAUAUAUUCCAAUUUUUAAAAUUUUUCUUCCUUUUUAAAUGAACCAUUUGGGUCAUGAACAUUUUUAAGUCUUAUCUUUCUAUGUGAAAAAUCUAUAAUGGAUCUGCAAUUUAACAACCAAUCUAGAAUCUCUAUAACUAUCCAUCUACAUAAAUGAAUCAUUUUGGUCAUAAAUCGUUUAACCAGCAAUCUUUUUUCUUCAGAUUGUUUGAUCAAGUUGUUACUAUUACUGCAAUCUUGGGUUAUCCAUGCACGUUUCUCUGACCAGCAAGUGCUCCGUUAUCACCAGAUGAACCACUAUCAUGUCCUCCUCCAAAAGCUGCGGCCAUCUGGGCCAUACCUGAAUGCGUUGUGUUGAGGGCUUAGACCGAUGAUCUCUAGAUCACCCUCUCACUCGUCCUGGAGCAUCUCCCAUUAUUAAUGAGUAUCAGCAACAAGUCAAAAUGAUUGUGCACACUCAACAAUUACAUUUUGCAGCAAUGUUGAUGAAUUCUAGUGGCUAUAUUUAUUGAAUAUAAACACAGAUCUUAUUCAUUCUUUUUAGGCCAACUGCUACGGGAUCUCCUCCUGGGAUGGCACCCAAACCUACACCAGUAGCAUCGAGAAGAGUGUUUCUAUUUAAAUGAACCAGUCAGGUCAUCAAUUGGUUGGCCAACAGAGUGGUAAAAGAAGGUUUUACUGGCCAAAGGUGUUUAUGAAUCAAAUCGUUUAUUUAAAUAUAAACACUCAUCCCGAUGCUGCUGGUGCAGGUUUGGGUGCCAUUCCAGUAGGAGAUCCCGUAGCAGUUGGCCUAAAAAGAGUGAAUAAGAUCUGUGUUUAUAUUUAUACAUCUAAUCGCCACCACGCUCCAUUGCUGUUGCUGUAAAGUAAUUGUUACAGUGCGCAUAAUCAUCUUGUUGAUGACACUCAUUAACAAUGAUAAAUGUAUACAAAUCGGUUUCCUUGAAAUACCAUUCAUGACAAUGAGAUGAUUUUGAAUUGCUUCUUCUAUUUUUGCCCUGGAUUAAGAAAGAUUACUUUGAUUCCCUUUAAUAAUCCAGGUUUCUCCCAAAGCAAUCACUAAAAAAUUUGUAAUUGGCUGAAAAUAUGAUACUAAUUGCUACUGACUGGUACAAUAUUGACCAUUUAGAUGUCGCACUCAGCAUCACACAUUACGUUGGUGCUAUGAAAGGUUGAAAAAUAGCUUACUAUUUGACUAUUUAGCAUAACUGCCAUAAUAUUUAGAUUUAAGUUAUAACAGUAAAUACAACUCCACUGUGCCUUAUGUAAGUGCAUUUAAAAGCUAAGGUAAUAGAUUAAUCAAAAUAUUUUCUGUACUAUUUACUUAAAGGUUUGCUCUAACAAUCAUGGUGUAUAUUUCAUAUAUGAACAGUAUACUUAGUGGAAGACAUUUUGGAGCAGACAAAUAGUGGCUUAGUUACUUGCCACUAUAUUAGGAUUAUAUAGACAGUUGUGCGUCACCACCCCAGAUAGGAUAUUUAAUUUUUGAAGUGGAAAACUGGUUGAAUUAGUUACUGCUUUAUUUCACUUGCAUUUUGUCAGCUAUAUUAGGUUCUCAAGAAUUGUAAAUAUUGGAAAUAGUUUUUAAUGAUUUUUCUACAAUUCCUCCUCAUUAUGAGAGUUAUGUUGUUAAGUUUUUAUUGUAACUACAAAAAUUUACCUGUCCCCUUACCAUCUGAAAAAUGUACAAAGGAUCUGCAAUUGGAAAAUCAAUCUAGAAUCUCUGUACAAAAUUUGUCUUAUUAAAAAUUAAAUAUUUAUAUUUUAUAAAAUGUCAUUUCUUUGGUGUUUUGUCCUCAAGUAUAGUACAUUAGAAAUAAGUUUUUGAUAUUUUAUUAGUAAUUUAUAAUGAAUUCUUCUAAAUAAUUUGAUUGUAUGUUACUACUGUGAUUGUGUUAUAAAUUUGGUAUAACUCAUUUUAACUGUGAAAAUAAACGUACUUUGCAUCUCAUGUUAAAAAUUAGAAUACAUAAGCUUAAAAAUACAAUUACUUUUAUAAGCUAUUUUUCUGUUGCUAAAGGUUUGCUUCAAUUCAAUUCAAUGAUUAGUAAUUUGUUAGAAGUCAAAUCAUUGAAAGCGUUUUGUAUUGUGUAAUUAAUAAAAUUAAAAGAACUGUUCACACAAAGAGAAUUAUUAUAAGUAAGUUCUUGCAAACACAUCGGAUAUAUGUAUCAGAUGUUUUUGCCAGAACAUUAUUUUAUUUUAUUAAUAAUAUACAGGUUUGAUUGUUUUAUACAACAUUAAUAGCAAUUUUUACAUAUAACCCAUACUUAUUUUUUAAGGUGAUUGAUCAAAGUAAAGCAACAAUAGUAGCUAGACUUUUAUUAUUUUAAUAAUUAAGUAAUGAGUUAUGUGAAUAAGAUUAUAUCCCAUGGUUUAUAAGAGAAAAAUAGUAUUUGUAUAUUAUGCCAUGACUAAACAAUUGUGAUAAAUAAUUGCCAAUCAUUCCAAUUUAUGUCUUGUAAACUAGUAUGUUAGUUUUUACUAGUAUGUGUGUAUAUCACUGUACGCUUGUUCCUUAAGUGCUUAUUAUUUUUAUCCUUUCUUACAUUUUUAUUACAUAAUAUAAAAUAAGAUUAUUAAGAUUGACUUUGUUGAUAUGCUUAGAUCGUAUUUACUGUAAACAAUAUUUCAAGCUGUAAAUCCUUUAAAAUGUGUGAAACUUGGUUUCCUUGUAAUGGUUAAAACAGUGAAAUACUGCUUGAGCUCAAUCAUCAAAAGUAUUUGAGUUUUGUUAUUAAUAAAAUUAAAAGAAUUUUUGUACAAAGAAAAUAAUAUGUUGACUGCCUAGUUGUAUGUUUUCAAUGUUUUGACGCACAAACUUGAGCUCAAUGCAUGUGUAAAUCAUUUGUUGUGGGGUGUACCAAUAAAAUAGUCACGGGAAUGGUACUGUGUAGAAGAUAAGUUAUAUAAGCUACUGCAAACAGUUCAAUCGAAAUGUUUACGUCUACAUACAAAGUGCAGUAAGAUCACCCUGUAUACAGGUACACUUCUUACUGCUAUAGUUAGAGUUAUCUUAAAUAUCCAGCUAUGAAUGUUUCGUCACAUACCCCACAACUUGUAUAAUUGGUGAAAUUUAUCAUAUGUUUUGCUUGCAAAGCCAAAACAUGUAUUUGCCUUUUGUAAUAAAACUAACAACUUUAGCAAUUCAUUUGAUGUAAUGAUCAUAAAAAUGACUACAGUGGGUCCUGUCACAAUGUUUAUUCACCAAUACAUCCUGUAUCAAUAUUAUUAGCAGGGAGCUUUUUUAUAAACAUAGAGUUUUCCGCCAUUUUGUUCCCCUAAGUUACUGUAGUAGUCAUUUCAAAUUAUUUCUAGUGUUUGGGAACUAUUCAGACUCCCCAACACCUAACACCCACAGAGAGAUGAUGCAAACCUUAGCGGGAACCAACUAGCAACUGACAGUAACUUCACUGAAAGUGAAUAGCUCACUUCAAAUUUAUAUGUGGGUGGUGUUAUAACAGGAACCCACUGUAUUUAUUACACUUUUAAUUAUUUUUUACAAAUAUCUAUUGUUUUAUUAAUUCUAAAAACAUCUGUUCACAUCUUAAACCUUUGUAAGUGUAUUUCAUAAAAUGUACGCUUAAGUGUGUGGAAGAAUGCUACGAAUUGAAGAAAUUUAGAUAUAUUUGUUUUUGUAUAAAUUACAUUAUGUAAGCAUGACGUCUGUCUCAGGCUGAGUUUAGGCUGGCUUUCCCAAAGUGAUGAAAGUAAGUUCUAGCCCAUGCUUUUCAAAAUAACAUAAAAGACAUAUUUUAUUUAUAAACACAGUAAUUAAAAUCAGCAGUUGAAUAAAGGAGAUUAUGUUAUAUGCAGGAUUAAGAAAAACACAGGAUUAAAGAUAGUCUACCCUUCACUCCAGCUAUUCAUUCCCACACUUCCUGUCUACGUAAACUUGAUUGGAUUUAUUUUUAUUUAGCCUGAGACAGUGUUUAUUGAUAUUUAAUGAAACUAGUUGCAAUGUUCAUGCUGAUUUGGUUUAUGGAUUUUGUAAAAUAGUUUUGUUUUUAUUAAAAAUAAUAAAUUUAUUUAAAAGAU